GCGGGAGAGAGGAGAGCUGCGUGUGGAGCUCAGAUGACCCUCAGUGUGCGAGUGAGAGACCGCAGAGCGCGAGGACACCUGGCCACCCGAGGAGACACACUGCGGCUCAGUCCACUCCACUUUGUACUGCAGUCACACAUUCCCGCUGCACACGGGCGUCCUCGCGCGUCUUCACCAACUGUUUUAAUAUGCCUUUUUUAAUAUUUAUCUGAAUAUUAGGAGCUUCUAACUGCUGGCAGUUGAGCACUUCGCUGGAUUUUGUGCUUCUGGACAGACGUCGAGGCAGAAACCACGUUUUUACCUGAACUCCGGAGCCGAACUGAGGCCACCGAUCCAGCUGGACAAUUGGAAAUGCAGAGUGGAAUUAAAAUUAUUUUUUGGUGAUGGACUGUCUCAACAUCAUCUUUAGACGACUUUUUUUUAUAACAACAGCAUCGUGUCUGGCAGUGCACUGAGAGCAGAGCGCGAGUGUGUGUGAGGAGGCGCGUGGGGACAGUCUUCCUGGACAAAACACAUUUUGCGCUGUGCCGUACUGACAUCUUUUAAAGACAAGUUUUCCUCUAUAAAUACACGUUGUCAAAGUGUCAUUAUUUAGGAACUUCUUCGUCAGUAUUCACGUGUGCUCGGAGCACACAGUUUUAGUGCGACAACAGUAGAUAUAGCAUACACACUAUUAAUAUAAUUUCCGCCGCCGGGGACCUCAGAUGCCCCUGACACCGGGCUCGGGCUCUCGGCGAUCCCUGGAAUUACGCGAGAGCGCGAGUCACGCGAGCCGCUGCAUGCUCGCCGGCGCGGGGCGCACGCACGACCUCCACUGAGCCAGGUCGUCCGCGCGGAGAGCGCCGCUGUCCUCGCGCCAAGGGUGCUGAGGAGCCACACGCCCGCGCGCUGGAGGGGAGGCGGUGCCGACGGUGCUGCUGCGGUUGCUGCUGCUGGUGGUCUCGAGCGUCCGCCGCGAGACGAGAUGAGCGCGCGACUCCCGCUGAUGCUGCUGCUCGCGGCUCUGUCCGCUUUCCCGCCCUUCGCCGGCGCUCAGGGGGACCCACUGCCCCUUGCCCUGGUGGAUUUGGUGAUGAGCAGCUCUAUUGGCUCCAUCAAGGACCUCCAGCAGCUGCUGUUGACUGACUCCGUAGAGGCAGAACCAGAUGGCCUGUUGACCCAGGGGUUCCAGUCCAACAGCACCUCUCGUCGCCUCCCCAGGAGUGCUAACGUCCAAGUAGCACAGCAGGCACAGUGCAAGGUGCGCACGGAGGUGAUGGAGGUCACCCGCUCCAUGCUGGACCGCCGCAAUGCCAACUUUGUGGUGUGGCCGCCCUGUGUGGAGGUGCAGCGCUGCUCAGGGUGCUGCAAUGCCAGGACAAUAAAGUGUGUGCCAACCGUCAUCAGCACCCGUCAACUGCAGGUGAUGAAGAUCCAGUUUGUAAACAAGCAGAAACAUUAUGAAAAGGUUGUCAUAUCAGUGGAGGACCACGUGGAGUGUCGCUGCCAGACUGCUCCCCCUCAGCUGGCUCCCAGGACCACGGCCAGGAAGCCCCAGCACUCCCAGAGGCCUCCAGCGGCACCUCCCGAGGGCCCACAUCUGAAAACACAGUCAAAGCAGGAGAUCCACCGGCAUGAUGAGCUGAAGCAGAACCAGAAUGUUCAGCUGAAGGACCUGGGGUUGCAGGGACACCAGAUACAGGUGAAGCACCCCCACACAGAGACACCUGUCACGCACGGGAAAGAGGAGGCACCAUUCAAACAGACCCCCUCAGGGGGCCAACAGAUGCAGGACAGCACAACACAGCGCCCGGUGGAGGAGAGAGAGCCACGGCAGAAGCAGGGAUCGGACCAACACCUAAGCUUCACUGAGGAGGGAGGGCCACACCUUCAGGGUCUGAACAGCCUGCAGCGGCACAACCAUAUGCAACAGGAAGUGGGGUGCAUGGAUAUAACAAAGUCACCCCCGGUGAUUCAGAUGCCGACCCUCAGGCACGAGGAGGCAAGAGAGCUGGCAACUGAGGCACCAUAUCUAGAUCCACACAUCCACACAGAGCAGAAGCAUACUAACCUGCACCCCCCAACAGAGAGAAGGCAUCUGCACAAGCACCCUCAUGGCCACAAUCACAAAGUGACAAGCAGUCAUGAGCCUCUUUCGACGAGUCAUGGCAAGCACCCAGGGGCAGAGCCACAGCAGCCACACCCACACCCAAUGCAGCGGGAGGGAGAGGAGGUGGUUUUGAAACAAAGACUCCAAGAUCAGGAUGGGCAGCGGCUGCAAGAGCAGCAGCUUCAGCAGAGAGACUAUCAAGAGCAUCAGCAUCACCAACAUCACCCUCAGCAGCAAACGCACACAACAGAGAGAGCAGUGACAGAGGCUCCCGUCACAAAGCAGCUUCCACUCACAUCGGUCGCAGCCCCCACCCCCCAGCCCCCCUCUCGGCGCAGCUUGUCACUCAGGCGAAAGUUGAGGCGCAAGAACAGGAAGAGGAUGAGCAAGGCAACCAUGAGGGCGAUAUUGAUGUAGAGUGUCCAAAAGAGGUUGUCAUGUGGAUGUUUUUAAAACAUGGUGCAAAAAGCACUGUUGCUGAAGCUCGAGGGCAUUCAGAAGACCUCCUGAAGAACGGACUAACAGAUGGACACUAGUUGCAUAAAGGACCAGCGCAUUUUUCUGUUGGUGCCAUUCUUGAUGAGUUAAAUCUUGAAAAGGCUCGUAAAAUAUUGGAAUUCCUCAACUUACAUCAUCUGUCAGAUGUAUAACAUGCUUUCUGGAGACAUAUGCAAUGAGAGCAGCAAUUUAAAGUACUAAUAAUGACCAAACAUACAAACAAGCCUCUCCCUGGAAGUACUGGAAAUUAAUACAAGAUGACACGUUCUGGGAAAGGAGCAGGACUACAUUUCCCACAAGCCCUCGGCACAGGGUGGCUAUUGAACAGUGUUCUUGGGAAUAAUUCAAAAGGUUGAUCAGCCUCGCAGGGCUCUAUUUAUUCAUCAUAGUCAGAGACUGACUGUCUGUAGAUCAUCACAGCUUUUACUGAUCAUAUCAGCACUUCAGAGGAUGAAAGAGAGACACCUGUGGUUUGACCUCUCAUUUCCAGUACAGAAACACAUCAUUGCUUGAUUCUAGCACUAUGUGAUUAGACCAGCCUGUGAUUGGUUAAUUGUGGUAAAUGUGUAGUGGUUACACCACUCCCCCAAGCUUCCUAAAGAGGCCUCAGCGGGAUUUCAUCUUGGGGAGACCACUGUCAUUUAACACCGCAGAGUAAUCAUGCCUUCCAUCUAAAAGAUGCUUGGACACCACAGAAGGCUAUGUGACAUAAACCGAGGGUGAUGAGCAGUCACGGGUGACCAGCUACACCAUGCCAUUGGUCCCACAAGUGGUCAGGAGCAAGUUGGACCAAAGAGUAGUUACCCAGAGGAGGGACAAAAUGCAACUGGAAACGGGUUUGAAGACAACCCUAAGGAGAAGCACUGAAGAGAAACUCAGGACUUAAAUAUAAGAUAAAAAGAUCACUGUCACAUUCUCACAACUGUAUACUGUAUAAUAUUGGUGCCGUAAUUUAUCUAUAUAUUAUAUGAUAUAUAUGUAUAUAUAAAAUAUAACUAUCUUAAUUUAAGCUAAACACUGGAAUAAACCCAGGAGAGCACAAAAGGCUGCAUCCUUGGUUUUGGAAUUCCAAAUUUUGAAAUUCCAAAGCAUGUUUGCACUGGUCAAGGAAAUAAACAAAAGUGAACAAAAAUGUAUUUAUUUAACAAUGCUAUAUCUGGUCCAAUUGAUAAGGAAGUCGAUGGUAAAUAAUAAUGGUGGCAUUGGUGGAAGUAACUUCUGAUUUUAAAGUUGACGUGAACUGUCUGAAAUGGGAACAAUGCAACAGUUCAACUGCAAGGCAUCUGUUUAUUUUUUUUAUGAAUCCUCUGGUGAGGUGUAAAGAAAUGUUCUCCUGUGAGGCCCAUGUGAAGCAAGUGGCUGUAGGAAGGCUGGUUGGACAAACUGGAGAAGGAAAAGCGCAGAGAGUCCUCCCACUAGCCAGAGCAGCCGGGCCUUGUGGGAAACGUGGGCCACGUGUAGCUGACUUUGAGGCGGCCCCUGCCGAUGUCAUCUCAGACUUUUCGCAUGCUGGUCCCCAACAUGGGAAAGUCCUGGUCCUGUCGCUGGCGGGUCUGCAAGUCCCAAUGCGAUAUGUCAUACAGCCGGUAGCCGUCCCAGGAGGACCGCAGGAGUGACUCUCCAUAUCUGUAGCUCCAUGGCUCAAUGGAAAGUGACGUUGCUCUCCUACUGUGGGCACUCAUUGGGUUUCCCCACCCUCUACUUGUUGGACUCUUUCUUUGCCUUUCGUUUUCUUGUUGCUCCGAACAACAGCAUCUCUAAGAUGGUGGGGUAGGAAACAGCGGGUCGGG